AUGGCUCGGGUGGUUAAUGCAUCCAUUUCUCCAGCCUUCCACACACAAGUGGCAGUUAUUGGGGCUGGCGUCGUAGGUUUGGCAAUUGCUCGUUCCCUUGCCAAGUGUGGAAUGGAAGUCUUUAUACUCGAGAAGGCAUCCAUCAUCGGAAAUGAAACAUCUUCACGUAACUCUGAGGUCAUCCAUGCCGGUAUUUACUAUCCCCAAGAUUCACUUAAGGCAAAAUUUUGCGUGUCAGGUCGACAUAGCCUCUACGAGUACAUUCAAUCCCGACACAUUCCACACAAGAAAUGCGGCAAAUUGGUUGUUGCGACUCAACCUUCUCAAGUUUCCAAUGAGUUACGAGCCUUGUUCGAAAAGGCCCAAAGAAAUGGAAUCGAUAACCUAAAGCUAGUGAGCAGGGAAGAGGUUAAAGUUAUGGAACCAAAUGUGGAAUGUCACGGUGCUCUUUGGUCUCCUUCGACUGGAGUUGUGGAUUCUCAUUCCUUUAUGUACAAUUUGUUAGCUGAUGCCGAGAAACACAGCGCACAACUUGUCUUGAAUACAGCGGUAGAAGAUGCUGUAGUAGAUUCUGAUGGGAUAUGCUUGAAAGCUGACGGUGCUUGGAUUCAAUGUGAUUACGUCAUCAACACUGGUGGACUAUGGGCAAAUCAUAUCGCAAACAUGUUUCAUCGAAGUACUUCAUGGAAACCACCCAUAGCAUAUUUUGCCAAGGGCAAUUACUUUCGCCUACAAGGUAAAGCUCCCUUUGAAAAGUUGAUAUAUCCAGUCCCAGAGCCAGGUGGAUUGGGGGUUCAUGCCACCGUUGAUUGGGGCGGGCCUACAGUAAAGUUUGGACCUGACGUUGAAUGGGUGGAGCCAUCGGUAUCCAAUCCAGCAGAGGUGUCACUGGAUGUUGAUCCAACGCGUGGUGAUAAGUUCUACAACGAAGUUCGAAAAUAUUGGCCAGGCCUGGAAGACAAUCAACUGAUACCUGACUACGCAGGAAUUAGGCCAAAACUAAAUCAUCCGUCUCUUCAAUCGCCGUUGCCAUUUGAAGAUUUUCGUAUCUAUGGGCCUGAGACACACGGUGUACAAGGAUUGAUUCAUUUGGUGGGUAUCGAGAGUCCGGGACUCACUAGCAGUAUGGCUAUUGCGGAGGAUAUCCGAAUCCAAGUGGCAACCAGGUGA